AUGCCACCACGAUCCCGUAAUGUGACGUCCAGCGCCGUCUCCGAAUCCUCCCCUCAAAGUCCGAGAAGAAGCGACCCAACGAAGAACAGAAAGAGAGACAUUGACGAGCUGCAAGAGCAGAGCUCUCCGCUGAGGAGAUCGAAGCGCUUCAAGUCGACCGAGGCGUUAAAAGCUUCGCCAGCACCGGGCCAAUCGGAGAUCAUCGACGGUCCAUCUGCUAUCGAUUUGAGGCAAAAGAAGCCGGCAGUGUCCCCAAAAGGGAGGAGAUCACAGCCUAGUGUUUCGAUAAAGGAAGAAGUUGAGGAGAAGCUUGAGAUACCCAUCAAUACAAAGGCGGAUAAGGGGAGUCAGGCAGCGCCGGAGAAAGCAGACGAGACCACUACAGUGACGGGAAAGAUUUCGAGAAAGAGGAAGACCAAGCAGGAAAAAGAGAUUGAGAUGCUCCCUCUGCGAGCCAGAACACAAGGUGUGCGCAUGUGCGUAGGUGCGCAUGUUAGUGCCGCAAAAGGAGUUUUCAAUGCCGUGCAUAACAGCAUGCACAUCGGUGGUAAUUCAUUUGCCCUCUUCCUGAAGUCGCAGAGGAAAUGGGAGAACCCUCCCCUGCAAGAUGAUCAUCGAGAUCAGUUCCGUCAGAUGUGUCUGGAACACAAGUAUGACGGCGCAAAGCACAUACUCCCCCAUGGCUCAUAUCUCGUUAACCUAGCACAAGAGGACAAGGCCAAGGCGAAGCAGGCGUACGAUGCAUUCCUAGACGAUCUCCGCCGCUGCGAAGCGCUUGGAAUCACUCUCUACAACUUCCACCCCGGAAGCGCCAACCAAAGCAGCCUCCCGGACGCCCUCUCAAGGCUCGCCAAGGCCCUGACCAACGCCCUCGAAGCCACCUCAACCGUCGUCCCCGUCCUCGAGACGAUGUGCGGCCACGGCACCACAAUCGGCGGCUACCUACCCGAGUUCCGGGAUCUCCUCGCCCUGAUCCCGUGCGAGCACCACCGCCGCAUCGGCAUCUGCAUCGAUACCUGCCACAGUUUCGCAGCAGGGUACGACCUCUCCUCACCAGCGGGCUACCAGUCCUUCAUGAAGGAGUUCGAAGACCAAAUCGGCCUGCAGUACCUCCGCGCCCUGCACCUCAACGACUCCAAAGCGCCCCGCGGUAGCAAGCGCGACCUCCACGCCAACAUCGGAACAGGCUUCUUGGGCCUCCGCGCCUUCCACAACAUCAUGAACGACCCGCGCCUCGAAGGCCUCCCCAUGAUUCUCGAGACGCCCAUCGACCGCCCCGCCAACCCAACCCCCACCACCAUCAAAGACGAAGCAGGUGACGCCGAUGCCGACGUCGACGCCGACUCGGAACCUGAACAGAACAGCAAGAAAAAGACCCCCAAGCGGCCCAAGGCUAAACCUGCCGGGGCGAAAGCUCUCGUCCCCGACCCGUCCGUUUGGGCUCGCGAGAUCGCCCUCCUCGAGUCCCUCAUCGGCAUGGACGCCGAAAGCCCCGAGUUCAAGGCCCUCGAGGCACAGCUCGCCGAGGAGGGCCGCGAGGUCCGCGCGAAACACCAAGAGCAGUAUGAGCGGAAACUGGCGACCGAAGAGAAGAAGAAGGGUAAAGCUGCGGGGGCGGGGAAGGGCCAGAAGACGUUGAUGGGGAUGAUGCAGACAUCCGGGAAGAAGAGGAAGGGGGCUAAAAAGGGGCCUGAGAGCGAACUAGAGAGUGAGGAUGAAGGAUGUCAGAGCCAUUGA